CAUUUGGCGUUCGCGUGUGUAGUGCAGUGCUCUGAUUGGCCAAUGCCACAAGAGGCUUAGCGUCGGCACGGAAAAACCGCCUGCACACUCGCUUAGCCACAAGCAAAAUCAACCACUGCCUGCAUCCACGACUUUCGACAGCCGACCUACUAACGACAGCCCGACCUUCAAUUUUCCCUUCACAUCCUCUCCAGUCGCCAAAAUGGGUCGCGUUCGAACAAAGACAGUCAAGAAGUCCGCCAAGGUCAUCAUUGAGCGGUACUACCCCAAGUUGUCCCUCGACUUCGAGACCAACAAGAGGAUCUGCGACGAGGUUGCCAUCAUCGCCUCCAAGCGCCUCCGAAACAAGAUUGCCGGAUAUGCGACUCACUUGAUGAAGCGUAUCCAGCGUGGUCCCGUCCGCGGUAUCUCCUUCAAGCUUCAAGAAGAGGAGCGUGAGCGCAAGGAUCAAUACGUCCCCGAGAUCUCCGCCCUCGACUUCACCCAGAACAGCGAGUCUGGUUCUUUGGACGUCGACCAGGAGACCAAGGAUCUUCUCAAGAGCUUGGGCUUCGACUCUGUCCCCGUCAACGUCGUUCCCGUGGCCGCCCAGCAGAUCGCCGAGCGCGGUCCCCGCCGUUUCAACGACCGCCCCGGCCGCAACUAGAUGUUUGGCUUCAGCAUUUCUCUUCUCAGCGCGAUGAAUAUGUGGAUAACUGGCUCCGGAUCGGCCAGGAUUACGGCUUGGGUUACGGGCUCCACACGGAUGCAUUACGA